UCAUAUGGCAUAUUUUAUAUUCAGUUGGCAAGUCUAUAACAUUCUUAUAACUCUGGUCACACAUCACUCAGAAUGUUUGGUCUUCUAUGUAAACAAUUACUUUCUAAUGUAAGGAGUUUUGAGCGCGGUAUGGCUUUCUACGCAGUUGCAAAAGGACGCAAGGUAGGCAUUUAUGCUAACUGGACGCAGUGUGAGCAACAGGUGAAAGGUUUUAAGGGCGCUAUCUACAAAAAGUUCAACACACGCCAAGAAGCGGAGGAGUUUGUAAAUCCAAAUCAGUCUGGAGCAUGUCAGAAUUAUGCGGCAGAGGCUGUAAGUAAGCAAGAGCAGCAUACAGACAAUGCAGAUUAUUGGCCAGAAGAUGUAGAGCACACAGAAGAUGCUGUUACUGAGGAGGAUUUGAUGGCGGCAAUGAACGAAGUCGAAGGCUUCACUACCAGCGCCACCGGCCCUAAGCGCAAAGCGUAUGAUGAUGGUACGGCAUUGUCUAAAUCUAAACACCCUCGCCAUGUCUGCAAAGUUGAGGAAAUAGUUGCACUUAAGCAAAUUGGUGGACAUGAAUUUUCCCUUGAUUCUGGGGGUUAUGUUAUUGUAUAUACAGACGGUUCCUGCUUAAAUAAUGGACGUACCAAUGCUUGUGCUGGCUUUGGUGUUUAUUUUGGUGAUGAUCAUGAACUAAAUGCAGCCAAGCCUGUGUUGGGACGCGUUACAAAUAAUGUAGGCGAAAUACAAGCCGCCAUAUAUGCUAUUAAGACAGCUUUAGAUUUAGGAAUUGAAAAACUUAGCAUUUGUACGGACUCACAAUUUCUGAUCAAUUCCAUAACAAUGUGGGUGCCGGGUUGGAAACGACGUGGCUGGCGUCUAAAGAACAACGAGCCUGUAAAGAACGUAGCCGAUUUUAAAGAAUUGGAUGAACUGUUGCAAAAUGAUGAAAUUAGAGUAAAAUGGAACUAUGUUGAAGCACAUAAAGGUAUUAAGGGUAAUGAAAUGGCCGACAAGCUGGCACGUGAAGGGUCACAGAUAUACAAAGAGUUAAAUCGUAAGCGAGUUUGAUUGUAACUAAAUUGAAAUGUAUACAUUGGGCGCCACAAGGAUUUCAUCAAGUUGGCAGCUUAAUAAAUUUGACAAGUUGACAGCACUCCC